AUGUCUCAUGAAACUUAUGAUAAACUUUGCAGAGAAACUCAUGAUAUUCUUGAUGAGGCUUCACAAUUUGAUACUUUUCUAGCUGGUGAAAAACCUCAGAAGGACAAAAAGUUAGCACAGUCACAAGUGGUUGAAUUGUAUUAUAAGUAUAUCAUAGCAAUGAACAAUUUAGAUCAGUGUUAUGAUCAAAUUGUACAUCCUCAAAAGAGAUUAGUAAUAAAAAAAUUGUUGGAUGCCACAAUUGGCCGAAUACUUGAAUUAAAACAUGAAUUAGUGAAUCUUGAUUUGUCUGAAUUUAGUUAUAAUGAUGAUAUUCUAUGUAAAUUAAAAUUAUCUCCUAAGGAAGUAGAAGUUAAUGUUCCGGCAUAUUACAAACGAGAAAGAGAGGCAGAAAUUGUUAAGAGAAGGAAAACAAUAACAGAUAUCUUAAAAAAAUUAGGGUAUUAUGAAGAAGAAGUAAUUGAAAAAGAGUUGACACUAGAACAAGCUGUCACAAUAAUUCAGAUUCAUGAAAGAGCUCGCCAAGGUCGAUUACGAGCUCAAUUUAUGAGAGAAAUCAAAUUAAUGAAAGAGAAAAGCAAAGUCGAACCAUCGGAAGGAAAACAGGUUGAUGGAGCUUUUGCUGCUCGAUUAAUUCAGAAAGUUUGGCGUGGGUACAAUACACGUCGUAAGAUGAGACGCCGUAAAAUUGAGGAAAUGUUACUCAUUGGAAUGCUUCAGCCUACAUAUACUGUGACAGAUGCUCGACAAAAGGCUGAAGAAGUGGUGAAAGUUAGACAUCGAGUUCAAAAGGAAUAUCAAGAACAAUUUGAACAAGCCCUAAUUAUUGAGAAAGAAAGAAUUCUAAGGAAUCGUGGAGGAGCAAUGAAAGAAGAAAUUGCUGAUGAAGUUCGUAAUUGGUUUAUUCAGUAUGAGCAGGCAACUGGCAAAUUUCCUGAAAUUCCCUCUGAAGAAUCAGGAGGAUCAGCCUUGAUUUUUUCCCGCACAGGAGCAGAGAGCACAAUAAGCAAGUCCACUACUUUAUCCUCUGGAAGAAGUAAAAAAAGCAAGAAAGAUAAAGAAGAAGAAGGAAAGACAAAAAAAUGUGAAGAAGAAGAUGAACUUGGUUUUAAGAUGCAACCCUCAAAUUUCCUAAUGGAUAUGCUUCAUUCAGCUGAAGAAUAUCAAGAUGUUUGGAAAUACAGGGAUGAAACAGACAAUCCUUUUCAAGAAGCAGACAUGGACAUGAUUAAAGCAGAAAAAAGCAUUGAAGUAGAAGCAGAAUUAAGGAGAAUUGUGGAUCAGUUGCUUCGAAAGGAGCUAGAAGUACUUCAAGCAGCAUUGGAUCGAGAUCGAGCUCGUAAAGGAAAGAAGGUAAGAAAAAGUGCUAAGAAGAAAGGAAGAGGUGGAAAAAAAAGCAAGAAGAAGAAAGAAAAAGACUUAACUCCUGAUAGAACUCUUGAAUCUUUAUUUGAAGAAUUGGUGACAAAUGGCAUAAUAAAGAAAUAUUCAGAAGUACCACUCUCAGCAUUUCGGGGAGAAUAUUCUUAUGCUGCACAUGACCUACGGCAACUUGGAAAAGAUCCUUUGCCUUGUUUAGGAGACCUCCGUCAAGUAAUUCUUGAAUAUUGUGUGUUGCCUUUGGGAUCCAACACUAUACACCAAAUGGCUCCUCUUGUUAAAUCUCUCCUCAUUACUGGUUCUCAUGGAAGUGGCAAGGACAUGUUAGUACACGCAAUAUGUACUGAAAUUGGAGCAGUCCUUUUUGACUUAUCUCCUGCUAAUAUCGUUGGUAAAUAUCCUGGAAAGUCAGGUUUGAUUAUGUUGGUUCAUUUAGUUAACAAGGUGUCAAGACUUUUGCAACCAGCUAUUAUUUAUAUGGAUGGUGCUGAGAAACCAUUUAUGAAAAAAGUUCCCAAAACUGAUAAAACUGAUCCCAAAAGACUGAAGAAAGAUUUACCAAAGAUUGUUAAAGGAAUAGGACCUGAAGAUCAAAUUAUGUUGAUUGGUGUAUCUCAUUGCCCUUGGGAUUGUGAUCAGAAAUCCCUUGCCCAGACGUACAAUAAAUUCAUAAUGAUCCCUCGUCCUGAUUAUGGUAGUUUAUCUCUAAUAUGGAAAGAACAAUUGUUUCAGUUCAGUAGUGUAAAUCGUCAGUUUGACACUGCGGCUAUGGCAAAAAUAUCAGAUGGAUACACAGUUGGUAAUAUUUUGAAAGUCAUUAAAGAAGUGAUGACUUGUAAACGGGUUUUACAACUUCAGGUCCAUCCUCUCACUCAUGUUGAGCUCAUUAAUGUAUUGUGCAAAUACGAUCCCAUUUACAAGGAAGAAGAAGAAGCAUUUAUUCAAUGGUUUUCAAAAACACCAAUAGGAAAACGGAAAGCUCGUGCAUUGGAAAUAGAAGCAGAACUCAAGGCUGAAAAUGCUUCACAAAACAAAAAAAAAUGA